GAAGAAGAGGAAGGAGGAGGAGGAGAGAGGGGGCAGAAGAGAAGAGAAGAGAAGAGAAAAGUUGCGCUACCUCUCUAAAACCGUCCCGGAUUUUUACCGGGGAGUUGUCGUCAUCAGCACCCCAGAUCCCCCCCCCCCCCCCCCACCCCUACCCCAUCCCACUCCCCCCUCCUCCCCUCCUCCCCCCCACAGCUCCCUAAAUGGAUGGGCCAGUCUUAGUCUAUGCAGUUCAGCACAGGCCAAAAGAUUGGAAACAACUUGUGAAUAUCCGUCAGUUUUUUGUGCGUUUAGGAGGAGAAACGCGUAGAAAUGCCCGGCUGUUUCGCUGGAGUUCAACUCUGAGGACUUUUUUCUCUUGCAUUUGCGCUUUUUGUCCAGGAGGAAGGACUCUGCAAAGUUUACAACAGAAAGGAAAACUCACCGCUGAAGUGGCAGCUCUCACACUUCCAAGUCUUUCGCUAUGGAUUGUAUGUAUUUAUUCAUGUUCUUUUCACUCUGUCAAGUGUUUUUGGAUCAUAUUUACGCAGCAGAAACGCAUGAAAAACUCUCUGGAAAGUUAAGUGAAUAUGGUCUUAUCGUGCCAUUCAGCACAGACUCCCAGGGCCGGUACAUUUCUCACGUGGUCUCAGCUGGAACUGGAAGUGGAAGUAAAGGUGGUGGUGGUGGUGGCGGCGGUGGUGGUGCUGCUGCUGAUGCCACUGCCUCAGCCUUUGGCAGCAGAAGACGGGUGGCCCGCGGUGCCCCCCAGAUGCCCUCGGUCACCUCUGCCUCUGCUCAGCACUUGUUUUUUAAUGUCACUGUGUUUGGGAAAGAGCUGCACCUCCGCCUCAGGGCCAACAGGAGGCUGGUGGCCCCGGGGGCUCAAGUGGAAUGGCAAGAAGACUUCCAGGAAAAAAGAAAGGAGAGGAUACACGGGGACUGUGUUUUCACUGGAGAUGUGACCGACAUGCCCGAAGCUUCUGUGGCCAUCAGCAACUGUGAUGGACUGGCAGGUCUGAUCCGGACUGAUAAUGGAGAGUUUUUCAUCGAGCCCCUCGAAAAGGGCCAGCAGGAUGUGGAAGUGAAGGGGCGGGUCCACGUGGUCUACCGCAGGUCGGCCAUCAAGAGGGAGACGGGCCAGAGGAGGGAGGACCUCCACAAUGAAGUGGCAGACUUCGGGAUCGCGGACCUCCCAGCCGCACUGGAUCUAGUCGAGCACAAACUGUCGGAGUCUGAGCGCAAGCGAAGGCACGCCAAGAAAGACGAUUACAACAUCGAGGUGCUGCUCGCCGUGGACGACUCUGUAGUUCGCUUCCACGGCAAGGAACAUGUGCAGAAUUACGUCCUCACACUCAUGAAUAUUGUCGAUGAAAUCUACCAUGAUGAAUCUCUGGGUACCAACAUCAAUGUUGUCCUGGUCCGUAUGAUAAUGGUCGGGUACAGACAGUCGAUAAGCCUGAUCGAGCGUGGUAACCCAUCCCGCAGCCUGGAGCAGGUGUGUCGAUGGGCCAACACGCAGCAGCGGCGCGACCCCGACCACGCUGAGUACCACGACCACGCCAUCUUCCUCACAAGGCAAGAUUUUGGUCCCGCAGGUUACGCUCCAGUGACAGGGAUGUGCCACCCACUGAGGAGCUGCACUCUGAACCACGAGGACGGCUUCUCCUCCGCCUUUGUGGUCGCUCAUGAAACGGGCCAUGUGUUGGGAAUGGAACAUGACGGUCAGGGGAACCGCUGUGCUGAUGAGACCAGUAUGGGCAGCAUCAUGGCGCCGCUGGUCCAGGCGGCGUUCCACCGCUACCACUGGUCACGUUGCAGCAAACAGGAGCUCAAUCGAUACAUCCACUCGUACGAUUGCCUGCUGGACGACCCGUUCGAACACAAGUGGCCCAAGCUGCCGGAACUGCCCGGAAUCAAUUACUCCAUGGACGAGCAGUGCCGCUUCGACUUCGGAGUUGGUUACAAAAUGUGCACCGCUGUGAGUCUGAAAUAUCCAAAUUUUCCAGCUCUGCUGACCUCUGCUAAACUCCAUUACCAGUCUGUUACUGUGAAGGUCAACACCUGCCUGUGCUUUCUCUCACUGGUUUUCUUUUUCUUUUUCUUUUUUGCUGGCGUCUGGGUUUUCUUUCUUUCAUUUUCUUUUUUGCCGGCGUCUCAGUGGUGCUUUAAGGGCCACUGUAUCUGGAGGUCCAGUCCGGAGCCUCAGGGCCACGAUGGGAGCUGGGGUUCCUGGUCCAAGUUGGGCUCCUGCUCCAGGACGUGUGGAGGCGGAGUCCGCUCCCGCAGCAGACAGUGCAACAACCCAGCACCUGCUUACGGCGGUCGGGACUGUCCCGGUUCUGCGUUCGACUACCAGAUGUGCAACACCGAGGAAUGCGCCGGCCCUUACGACGACUUCCGCGCUCAGCAGUGCGUCCAGAGGAGCAACAAAUACCACAAAAACAUCAAGCACACCUGGCUGCCGUAUGAGCACCCAGAUGAGAGCCGUAAAUGCGAGCUGAGCUGUGUGUCCAAAGAAACCGGGGAGGUGGUGUUCAUGAACCAAGUGAUGCAUGAUGGGACGCGCUGCAGCUACUCCGACCCCUUCAGCGUGUGCGCUCGAGGAGAAUGUCUGCACGUCGGCUGCGACAAGGAGGUCGGCUCAUAUAAAGAAGAAGACAAAUGUGGAGUGUGCGAAGGCGACAACUCCCACUGUCGCACCGUCAAACUGACACUCACCAAGACGCCCAAGAAAAAUGGAAUGCUGAAGAUGUUCGACAUCCCAAUAGGAGCCCGCCACAUUGUUAUCGAAGAGAACGAGACCUCGCCUCAUAUAAUUGCUGUGAAGAAUCAAGUUACUGGAAACUUUAUACUAAAUGCAAAAAGUGAAGAGGCCCAGACAAAGACCUUCAUCGAAAACGGUUUACAGUGGGAGUAUUCCAUGGACGGGGAGAAGGAAACUCUGAAAACAAGCGGCCCCUUACAUGAAGGCAUCGUCGUCCUGGUUAUUCCCCAAGAAGAAGACGUGAAGAUCAGUUUGACGUAUAAGUAUAUCAUACAUGAAGACCUGCUGCCGCUCAUUACCAACAAUAACGUCCUGUUGGCGGAACUGGACACGUACGAAUGGGCCCUGAAGAGCUGGUCUCAGUGUUCCAAACCCUGUGGAUCAGGUGUACAGUACACUAAAUACGGCUGCAGGAGGAAGAGCGACAGCCGACUGGUGCAUCGCAAUUUUUGUGAAACAAGCAAGAAGCCCAAACCCAUCCGUAAGCGCUGUAACGUCCAUGAAUGCAGCCAACCCACGUGGGUGGUGGAUGAGUGGAGUCCCUGCAGUAAGACCUGUGGGAAGCUGGGAUACCAGACCAGGGUGGUGCAGUGCAUGCAGGCGCUCCACAACGGCACCAACCGGCCCGUCCACAGCAAACACUGCACCGAAGACCGACCCGAGACCAGAAGAGCCUGUAACCACACGGUAUGCCCCGCCCAGUGGAGGACGGGGGCGUGGUCUCAGUGCUCUGUGACUUGUGGUGAAGGGAUUCAACAAAGGCAGGUGGUUUGUAAGGCCAGCGACAACACCAUCGGAGAAUGUGGGGACGACAAACCCGAAACCGUGCUCAUAUGCAAACUGAGUCCAUGUCCAGGUCAGUCUGUGCCUCAUUUAACAGAGGAAACGUCAGAAAACUCAACCAUUAAAGAUGAAGCGGUGCACCAGAGGGUUUUUGAAAAUCCUGUUGUUAAAAUCUCCUCAAAUGAGCCAUGCUUGGGAGACAAGUCGAUUUUCUGUCAGAUGGAGGUCCUGGCUCAGUACUGUUCCAUCCCUGGGUAUAAUAAGCUGUGUUGUGAAUCCUGUAAUAAAAAAGACCUCAGCACCGUGGUUCCAGACCUGGUCAACACCCCGGUGGCUCCGGUUCAGCUGGAGGCCUUCACUUUUUCUCACCCUGCGUCAGCCCGAGCCCCGCUGCCCACCACCACCACCCAGAACCCGCCUCAAACCACUAAACCCAGACGCCUUCGACCCACCGCCCAGGCGCCCACCGCCAUCGCCGUCGCAGCCGCCGCCACGCAGAGCCCCGGAUCCAAUGAGCCAUGCGUCAAGGAUAAAUCGAUUUUCUGUCAAAUGGAGGCCCUCGCUCGAUACUGUUCCAUCCCGGGGUACAAUAAACUCUGUUGUGAGUCUUGCAGUAAUAAAGAAAUCCUCGACAAUCUCGGUCCUGAACUCCUGAACUCCCCGGUGGCCUCGGUCGACCUGGAGGCCCUCGUUUCUUCUCAGCCCGGAUCCCCCAGAACCCCCCCGCCUGCCCUCGCCCUCGCCCCCGCUGCUGCCGCCGCUAUCACCCAAAACCCACGUCAAACCACUAAAGCCAUCACGGGCAGACGGCUUCGCCCCACCGCCCAGGCGCCCAACACCGCCACCGAAGCCUCGCCAUCCGCAGGUGCCGCUCCGCCCCGGGGUCCCGCCAGAGGCUCCUCCCCCAAAAGUGCGGCGGAGGGAGCCUCGAACCCGAACCCGGGGCCAGUUCUACCUCCAGGGCCAACACGGCCAACAGCAGACUCCAGUGGAGGUGCCUCUAAAGAGCACAGUCCAGCACUUUAGGCCCAGUCGCUGCCAGGUCAAGAAGGGACUUUUUUAGGAUCCGAGAGGGACUUGACUCAGAACCCGGUCAGCUCCGAAACGAAACCGUGAGCGAUGUUACGAACGCGCUGCUCAGUGAGACGGUCCCGUACGUCAGCUCACACUUCGCAGCAUCUGAUGGACUCACAGUAUUGCUGCACAUUUUUUUUCUUUCUUUCUUUAUAAAACUUUUUUUUUUUUUUUCCAUGCCAGUGAACUUUUUUAGACCAGACCAGCAAUGGUUACCUCAUCAAAACUCAUCAAAACUCCAGAGCGUCUACUCGUGUUUGCGCUUCAAAUAUGAAACGGAAGAAAAAAAAAAAAAAAAAACGAUGUCAAAACGAAGGUGCUGUAAAACUAAAACGACUA